AUGUUCCGCGAUCUCGUUAGUCUUCUCUUACUCGCGGUCAUAGCUUUUGUAAGCGCCGAUGACACGGAGAAGCUGGUCGGCGCUCACGAUGCACAGCCUGGUCAAUUUCCCUACACCGUGUCCAUCAGAUUACAGAAUUCGCACAUUUGCGGUGGUUCCAUUAUCAGCGAUCACCACGUCCUUACCGCUGCGCAUUGCGUGAAAGACCUCAUUGACUAUAUAAGCGAAGUGUUUGUCGUCACUGGUACUAUCUACCUUGACCAGGGUGGCGAAUUCCACACAGUGGCUAACAUGUUUGCUCACCCGCAAUACAAUGGCGACACGAACGUCGACAACGAUGUUGGUGUAGUGAAGCUAAUUCUCCCCAUCGUUUUCAACGCGGUCCAAAUGGCAAUCCCACUUCCCACUGCAGACCCACCCGCGAAUAACUACGCUGUCAUAUCCGCAUGGGGUGGUACGGCUUCUCCCCCAAACGACACCCUUUCUAACGUACAACAGUACCUGUACCUCUGGAUGAUCAGCUUAGACGAGUGCAAAGAAUACAAGAAUCUCGACGUUCAAACUAACGCGAUCUGUACUUACGAUGGAGUAGGCGUCGGCUUAUGCCCCGGUGACAGUGGCAGUCCAUUGGUCUACAAUAACCAAGUGGUCGGUGUUGUGUCUCGCGGUGUUCCUUGCGCCCGUGGAGAACCCGAUGUUUUCACCGACGUCUACGACACCCUCGAUUUCAUCCGCCAAGCGAUGCUGUUUUAA